AUGAAGUACUCACUUACCGUCGCCGCCCUGGCCGCAGGCGUAUAUGCCACCAACCUCCCGAGGGUCGUCCUCGAGCGUGACCUGGCCACCAUCCAGGGCGUCAUCAGUGAUGUCUCCAGCAAGCUGACGGCCCUCAACGACGCGGCUCAGAGCUUCAACGGCGACCCCACCGGCCUGACGCAGGCAUCCACCGACCUCUCCAGCUCCAUCAAGUCGGGCACCUCCACGGUGCAGGGCACAGACGACCUCACGCUCACCGACGCCGUGUCGCUGCAGUCGACCGUGCAGGGCCUGCAGUCCAGCGCCCAGGGGCUCGUCGACAACCUGUCGUCCAAGAAGUCGGCCAUCGAGCAGGCCGGCCUCUGCACCAUCGUCCUAGACCAGUCGAAGAGCCUCUCCACCGACUCCCAGGCCCUCAUCGACGCCAUCGUCAGCAAGGUGCCCCAGGAGGCACAGUCCAUCGCCCAGAACCUGGUCGCCGGCUUCACCGAUACCCUCCAGCAGAACCAGGCCAACUUCGCCGAGGGCAACUGCACCAACGCCAGCGGGGGUGGCGGCGGCGGCGGCGGCUCCUCCCCCAGCAGCUCCGCGGCCGGCGGCUCGACGCCUUCCCGCACCUCCUCGGCUUCCACCCCGUCUGCUACAGGUGGCGGUGGCUCCUCCGGUGGCGGUGGCUCCUCUGGCAGCAACGCUACUCACACCGGGAGCGGCGGUGCAUCCCCGACUUCCUCCGGCCCGGCUCAGUUCACCGGUGCCGCUGUUGCGAACGGUGUCCCCAUGGCCGGUCUGCUCGGCCUCCUCGCCUUCCUGUUCUAA